UUAUGAAUGCAAAAAUAGAAGUUUAGGUGUCUGAUAUGUAAAUUCAUAAGAAUUGAGUGGUUGUAUGCAUGCGAAUCUGCCUUAAAUUUAAACAAAUCAUUACCAAAUUUGAAAUUCCUGAGUUUUUUUUCUCUUUGGGGGAAAAUUUUUCAGAAAGCUGGCCGCAGAAUCCGCGGCCUGUUUUAAUCUCAUAGUUUCCAAAUAGGAUAAAUUGGUUGGUCUUAAAUCUUUCCCCUUUUCUUCGAUCUCCUUCCUCCUCUCCUUCCAAUCACUUAAUAGCCUCAGAUUUGAAUCAGGAUUUUAUUUUAUUUUUGCCUUUGAUCGUCCAAUCAUUGGCAGGUUUUCAGCUAAGAUUCUGUUAUUUAAAUAUAAGUUCCGUGGAUAACAAAAAUGGUUUUUUGACCCGUCCGGCUUGUCUUCUUCCUCUUUCUGAUUCGAAUGUCGUUCUUAAUGGCGACCUUUUGAUUGCGUGUUAAAGGGGAUUCUCUUUUAUUAUUUUUAGCGUUAAGUCACGCUUCUUUCGCUUCAUUGAGGACCUUCUUCUUCAAUCGUCUCUCUUCCUUUGAUCGCUUUGUUUCUGAAUAGAUUGGAUUUGGGAGGAGCAGAGGUUUUGGAGCUAUAUUCUCUGUUUUGCAGAAGCUUUCAGUGGUGCUGGAAGGCUUCCUUUUGAAGCAUAUACUAUGGGUUUGAUCUGUUCGUGCUUCUGCGUUGAGGAUUCUCGCAAUCCAUAUGGGUCACUAUAUAGACCUUGUGGCUGUCUAAGUUUCUUGUCUCAACGGUUCAUGCUUAUGUACACUUUAUUAUUGCAACGAGAAGAGCAUGCGGCUCCUUCAUCUUCAUCUUCCUUGGCUCCUGUUGCACCGAUAACGGAUGAAUCUUAUUCUAGCACAUUUCGCUCUCCUCCGAGACCUCUAGCUUUCGAUGACCCCAUAUUCACUCGGAAACGUGACGAUGGGCCUGCGAGAAGACACGAAAAAACUUUAACUCAUUCUUACGAAGAAUCGGAGUCACUCAGCAGAGUAAAGAAUGAGGGGAAGAUUGAAUCAGCGUGCUUAGCUGCUAAGUUGUGUGGUUAUAACUGUCGAGUGUCCACAAAGUGCUGCUCAGAGUCCUCACGGAAACAUUCCUCGACUGAAAUAAUGAGUGGGGCAACAUGCAUGUUUCCCUCAUCUGAAGAGGAGGAUGUGUGCCCAACAUGUCUUGAAGAAUAUACUUCUGAUAAUCCCAGAAUAAUAUUACAAUGUUCUCAUCAUUUUCAUCUUGGUUGCAUAUAUGAGUGGAUGGAGAGAAGGGAACUAUGCCCUAUUUGUGGCAAGGUAAAUUGCAUUUUACAUGUUAAUUACUCGUUCUUGAUCUAUAAGAUUGAAAUAUUUGUCCAUUUUUGUCAUUUCAAACCUGAUUUUAUACAUUGAGGGCUCUCUCCUGAUGCAAUUUUACUCGCAGGUGAUGAUCUUCAAUGAAACCAGUUGAUGGAACAACCAAUAGAGCUUCCCUUCAGUUUAGAAUUUGUGAAUAUGUAGGCACUGCUUUCAGUGAAAUUUAAUCUGAGAGUCGUUGCAUUUGUGAAAUUAAAAUGUGGAGUCCCUCUGCUUUAUUUAUUUUUUCUCUUAUUUGAUGUAUCAUAAAAUAAAGUUUGUACAGAAGAAAUAUUCUGCUGCAUCCUCUGCUGGAAGGAGGAUUCUGUUGAACAGCUUUUGAAUUCGUGUUGUAGAAACCCCUGAUUGGAAUUCUCUGUUAAUUUAUAGGUUUUUUUUUUUUUGGAAUUAUUUGGCCGGUUCAAGACCUUCGCUAAAUGUUCUAAAUAUCUUUAUGAUG